AUGCAGAGAGUCCCCCGACUGACCACCCCUUGGGCUAAUAGGGACCUGCAGAGAGCCUGGGAGAAAACCUAUCAGGACCACAGGAAAAAGGUCCAGAAUGCCCAACCACUAGUGGACACCCGCCCACCACAGACUUACAGCCUCCUCUACCUGAAGCUCAAGAAACUAAAGGUGGAGGAAGAAAGGCUCUCCAUCAUCAACAGAGACAACUGGCUGCUUCUGCAGAGGGUAGCCUCUGCCAUGAGAGCCAGGGGACAGACUGACAGCGGAAAUAGCUUCACACACAGAAGGUAA